CCAUAAAGGCAUCUUCCGAUUAAAAAGAUGGUCGAUUGCGAAGACGAUCAAGAUAUGAAGGAUGAGGCAGAAGAGACGGAUAGCGUGAAUCUUACCGGAUUUUUAUUCGGAAACAUUGACGAAACGGGCCAGCUUGAAAGCGAUGUGUUCGAUUCGAUUGAGCAGAAGCAGUUGGCCUCGCUAGGACGGCUCGGCUUAAGUAGCUUUUUAAAGGAGAUGAUAAACGAGGAUGACAUUGAGGAAGAAAACACCGAUACCAAGCCGCAGGAUGUGCAAACUAUGGACAAAUUGCCGUCUGCCGUCGAUUUUUUUGACAUAAACGAGCUGGCGGAAGACGAAGUUCCAAUCGUUCGUGUAAGCGGUGCGUUUUCGCCCUUUAAUCUUUUAACAUUUCAGAAACUGGAACUCGACGAGGAUUACGAUACUGCGCCGAAACCGUUCACUGAUUCGAGGCUGAUGCCGCCGCCUCCUCCGCAAGCGGCGGGCGACACGGAACCGAAACGUAAACUCGACACACCGCUGGCCGCAAUGCUGCCCUCCAAGUACCAAAACAUCGACGUCACCGAGCUGUUUCCCGACUUUCGGCACGGCAAGGUCUUGAGAUUCUCGCGACUCUUCGGUCCGGGGAAACCGUCCAGUUUGCCGCAGAUUUGGCGUAACGUCAAGAAGAAACGUCGCAAGCAUAAGCGCUCGGGUAAUCAGCACGAUUCCGACUCGCAGUCGGACGAGGAGAAGCCGAAGUUUACCGGUUGGCAUUUUAAUUACGCCGAUACGCCGCCGCCCGACCGGUGGCAGAGCGACGACGAGGAGAAAUUCUUAAAACCGAUCGAGGCGGGCAGCAAGGAUUCCAAAAAGGAGAUGGCGGCGAAAGACGAUACGGGACCGAAGGUCGCCGACUGGCGUUUCGGGCCCGCGCAGGUCUGGUACGACAUGCUCGACGUUCCCGAAACUGGCGAUAAUUUCGACUACGGAUUUAAGUUGAAAGAGAAGAUUAUCGAGCCGGAAGAGCCGCUAGAGGGCGAACCGUUUCCCGACGACGCCUUUUUAAUGGUAUCGCAAUUGCAUUGGGAAGACGACGUCGUAUGGGACGGCAAUGAUAUAAAGCACAAGGUAUUACAGAAAUUAAAUUCUAAAACAAACGCAGCAGGCUGGGUGCCGAGCAGCGGUAACAGAACUGCGCAGGCGUUCAGUCAGCCCGGCAAGGGCGGUACAAUGCACGGAAGCAACAUACGCCUACCGAUACCGGCGCCUCCGCUACCCGGCGCCAAGAACGCCAAGGGCCAACUCAUGCUGCCCAAUCAAAAGCAGCGAGAGCAGGAGAACGACGACACGUGGUACUCGAUUUUUCCGGUGGAGAACGAAGAUUUGGUUUACGGAAGGUGGGAGGACGACGUCAUCUGGGACGCCGAAAACAUGAUUCAGAUUCCGAAGCCGUCGAUUCUCACGCUCGACCCCAACGACGAGAACAUCAUUUUGGGAAUACCCGACGAUAUCGAUCCGUCGAAGCAGAUCGCGGGACAGGCGACCCCCGUCAAGGUUAAGAUACCGCACCCGCACGUGAAAAAAUCGAAGAUCUUGCUGGGCAAGGCGGGGGUAAUCAACGUAUUGCAAGAGGACACGCCUCCGCCUCCGCCGAAGUCGCCCGAUCGCGACCCGUUCAACAUCUCGAACGAUAUCUAUUACAUGCCUCGCUCCUCGGAGACGUAUCUGAGGUUGAAGGUGGGCGGGGGCAAUUUGAUUCAGCAUUCGACGCCUGUGGUCGAAUUGCGCACGCCCUUCGUGCAGACGCACAUGGGCCCGAUGCGUUUGCGCAACUUCCAUCGUCCUCCGCUGAAACGGUUCUCCCACGGCCCGCUAUCGACGCCAGGGCCUCACUCCGUCUUACCCCUAAUCAAGCACAUUAAGAAAAAGGCGCGGCAAAGAGAAGCGGAGAGGAUGGCGUCAGGAGGGGGCGACGUGUUCUUCAUGCGCACUCCCGAGGAUUUGACUGGCAGAGACGGCGAUCUUGUACUAAUCGAGUUCUGCGAGGAACAUCCUCCGCUCAUGAAUCAGGUGGGGAUGUGCUCGAAACUGAAAAACUAUUACAAACGAAAGGCGGGCAAGGAUCAGGGACCUCCCAUGUACAGGUACGGCGAGGUCGCGUACGCGCAUACCUCGCCGUUUUUGGGCAUUCUGCAUCCCGGCCAGUCGAUACAGGCCGUCGAGAACAACAUGUACCGUGCCCCGAUCUACGAGCACAAAAUCCUGUCGACCGAUUUCGUCAUCAUCCGUACCCGGCAGCAAUAUUACAUUCGGGAAAUUGACGCGCUUUUCGUCGCCGGACAGCAGUGUCCUCUUUACGAGGUUCCGGGACCGAACUCGAAGAGGGCCAACAAUUUUGUUAGAGACUUCUUACAGGUAUUUAUAUAUCGGCUAUUCUGGAAGAGUCGCGACAACCCGCGACGUAUAAAAAUGGACGAUAUUAAAAAAGCGUUCCCCUCGCACUCUGAGAGUAGCAUAAGGAAACGGCUGAAGCUGUGCGCCGAUUUUAAGCGUACCGGCAUGGACUCGAACUGGUGGGUGAUCAAGCCCGAGUUUCGGCUACCCACCGAGGAGGAGAUCAGGGCGAUGGUGUCGCCAGAGCAGUGCUGCUCGUACUUUAGCAUGGUGGCGGCCGAGCAGCGACUCAAGGAUGCCGGUUAUGGCGAGAAAUUCCUCUUCACCCCUCAGGAGGACGACGACGAAGAGAUGCAGCUGAAGAUGGACGACGAGGUGAAGGUGGCACCGUGGAACACCACCCGAGCGUACAUUCAGGCGAUGAAAGGCAAGUGCCUGCUGCAAUUAACCGGUCCGGCGGAUCCCACCGGCUGCGGUGAGGGGUUCAGUUACGUGCGCGUCCCGAAUAAACCUACGCAAAGCAAAGAGGAGCAGGAGUCGCAGCCGAAGCGGACCGUUACAGGAACGGACGCGGAUCUCCGCCGUUUAUCCCUGAACAACGCCAAGGCGUUGCUGAGAAAAUUCGGCGUGCCCGAGGAGGAGAUCAAAAAGUUGUCUCGGUGGGAGGUGAUCGACGUCGUCCGAACGCUCUCGACUGAGAAAGCGAAGGCCGGCGAGGAGGGCAUGGACAAAUUUUCGCGUGGCAAUCGUUUCUCCAUCGCCGAACACCAGGAGCGCUAUAAGGAGGAGUGCCAGCGAAUUUUCGACUUGCAGAAUCGCGUGCUCGCUAGCGAAGAGGUGCUAAGUACGGACGAGGGCGAAAGUUCCGACGAGGACAGCGACGAGGACAUCGAGGAAAUGGGCAAGAACAUCGAGAACAUGUUGGCGAAUAAAAAGACCAGCACGCAACUCUCUCUCGAGCGGGAGGAGCAAGAGAGACAGGAGUUACGGAAGAUGAUCAUGGAAGGCGGGGAGGGGGAGAAGAAGAUGAAACCGAAGAAGAAGGAGGACGAGGAGAACCAAGACCAGUACGGGUACGCCCAGCAGGGGCGGGUCUUGAAAAUCGUGCGCGCCUAUCGUAAUCCCGACGGCAAAGAGUAUACGCGAGUUGAAAUCGUGCGUAAACCGCAAGUGAUCGACGCUUACGUCAAGAUACGAACGACCAAAGACGAGCAGUUUAUUCGGCACUUUGCGACGCUGGACGAGGCGCAGAAGGAGGAGAUGAAAAGGGAGAAGAGGCGCAUACAGGAGCAGCUGCGGCGAAUCAAGCGCAAUCAGGAGCGCGAGCGCCUUGCCGUUCUUUCGAGCGGAGGCGGAAAUUCUAACUCAACGUUUGGCAGUAGCAUUAACUCCGACAUCGUUAAAACGACUACUUUGGAAGGUCCCUCAGUGGCGCCAUCCGUGUCUACUCCUUCGACGAAAGCGUCGCCGACCACUCCGAAAUCGCGACGAAAGACGAAACUGAAACCGGACCUAAAGCUAAAGUGCGGCGCGUGCGGAAACGUGGGUCAUAUGAGAACCAAUAAGGCUUGCCCGCUGUAUCAAAAUUCGGGAUCGGCGCCGCCGGUGAACGUCGCGAUGACCGAGGAGCAGGAGGAGGAGAUCGAAAGGCAGUUGAACACCGACGACGAGGAUCUGGUGAACGUCGACGGGACAAAGGUGAAAUUAUCGGGAAAGUUGUUAAAGCACGCCGAGGAGAUCAAGCGAAAGAGUUUACUGCUUAAGGUUCCGCGCGACGCGAUGAACGCGAGGAAGCGAAGGCGCGCCAAUUCCGACUUGCACUGCGACUAUUUGAAACGUCAGAAUCGUCCGGCGAACAGGAGGCGAACCGAUCCGGUCGUCGUUCUGUCCACCAUUUUGGAGUCGAUUCUGAACGAGCUACGAGAUAUGCCCGACGUGCAGCCGUUUUUGUUUCCCGUUAAUUCUAAGCUAGUAAUCGAUUAUUACAACAUAAUCGAGCGCCCGAUGGACCUACAAACGAUAAGGGAGAAUCUGCGCCAGAAAAAAUACCAAAGUCGCGAGGAAUUUCUGGCGGACAUCGAUCAGAUCGUCAAAAAUUCGUCGCGCUACAACGGCGAGAAGAGCAGCCUAACGAUCGCCGCGCAGCGAAUGCUGAACAAGUGCAUCGAGCGAUUGGAGGAGAAGGAGGAUCGGCUAAUGCGAUUGGAGAAGGCCAUAAAUCCACUUUUGGAUAACGAUCAGGUCGCGCUGACCUUCAUUCUCGACAACGUCAUCAACACCAAGCUGAAAACGAUGGCGGAAUCGUGGCCGUUCCUCAAGCCGGUCAACAAGAAGAUGGUGAAGGACUACUACAACAUCAUCAAGCGGCCCAUGGAUUUGGAGACGAUCGUUAAGAAGGUGUCGUCUCACAAGUAUCACAGCCGGCACGAGUUUUUGGUCGACGUCCAGCAGAUUUUGGAGAAUUGCAUUUUGUACAAUGGGAAGGACUCGCCGUUCACUCAGAAGGCGGAGGCGAUCGUGCUGGUCUGCCGAGCGACCUUGGACGAGUACGACGAGCACUUGACGCAGUUGGAAAGUAAAAUCGCGGCGGCCCACGAGCGUGCGAUGCAAGAGGACGAUAGCGCGUGGCUGGGUGUCGACGAGGAGAAUUACACUAUCGCCGAACCCGAUCACAUGAGUUUCGCCGGUUCGCCGGACAACAUCUACUUCAAGGGCAACGUCGAGGAUUACGAUUACGUCGACGUCGAGGGCGGCGGUCUCGGUUUCGGCGACGUCCUGAGUCCGCCGCCGAAGAUCCGAAGGGGCCGCGGACGGCCGCGCAAGAAGAUCGCGGCGACGCUCGAGGAGGACCUGCAGUUUUCGAGCGAGGAGGAGCUCGACGAGGUGCCGAUCGGCGAGUGCGACGACAGCAAGGGGGGCAUACUGAUUUCGGCCGAGAUGCCGGUGCCGGGCGCCGACGACGACAGUCAGCAGGCCGCCGAGGCGAUGGUGCAGCUAGGUACGAUGGGCUUUUAUCACCAGCACGAGCAAGGCGAGUCGGUUAUGUUCAAACACGAGCAUAGCGAAUCGGUUAUGUUUAAAGAGGAAAGCUUCGACGUCGAUCCCAAUUACGAUCCCUCUGACUUCCUCAUGUCCGAAUUGCCGAGACAUAAGGUGGACGAAAUUGCAAUUCACAAGUCGAACGUGAAGGAAAUGAAAAUCCACGACGAUUUAGCAGUUAGCGAAAGCGACGAUGAAACUGGAAAUGUACCGUCUAUGCCCACCCAACAGUUGCCGGACGAUGACGACGUCGGCGAUGGUGACUUAUGGUUUUAAUGUAAAGGAGUGAUUUUGGUAUUUUAUUAUCGUUACUAUUUGUAAUAUAAGGGAUGUAGUUAAUAAAAACUAUCACUGGAA